AAACCUUUGACAUGAAAAAAAAAGACAAAACCCUAUCUCUUCUCUGCGCCGUGAAAAUCGUCUUCCCCUUCCCCUGAUCGAAGCUCUCUCGUUAAGCUCUCUCUGCGCGAAAAUGGAUUCUCUGAUCAAAUCUGCUUCCUCUGGGUCGUGAAGCUCUCUCUGCGCGAUCGAAUCCUCCUCGACAAAGCUCUGUUCGUGCUUCAAUCGAACCUGCUUCAAUCGCACUGAAUCUUCCUCUCUUUGCUUCAAUCGCAGCUGCUUCAAUCGCACUGAAUCUUCCUCUCUUUGCUUCAAUCGCAGCUGCUUCAAUCGCACUGAAUCUUCCUCUCUUUGCUUCAACCGCACCUGCUUCAAUCGCACUGACUCACGUCUCAUUCUGCUUCAAUCGAACUAUGUCGUUCAACUUCUGAGCAGAAUCGAAGAACUCAGGGAGGUGACGAACCUCGCAUUGGUGAAUUGAAUCCCAUGAGAACCAUCUGGAGUGGCUGGGGACCAGGAUUACGUUAGGGUCUGGAGUGGCGGAGGGGUUGGGUUCUGACGGUGGGGCAUCGGGUUUCGCUGGCUGUGGUUGGCGAAGAGGAGGAGGAGGAAGAGGUGGUGGAGGUGUUCCGGCGGAGGAAGACAGAGGAGGUUCAGUGGUGGUGCUUGGGGAUUUUGUCGCCAUCAAUUUACCCCCUUUGUUUAUUUUGUCCAAAAAACCCUUCCUCACUCUCACCGUUCUCUCGAGUUCUAGGCAUAAGGAAUCUACCAUGGAACCAACUUGUGCUGCUUGUGCCAUGGAAUGGAGCAUCCAACUUGAGAAGGGCCUCCGUUCUAGUAAACCAGGUGUACCUGUCAAAACCAUAUUGAAAUUGGGGCCCCACCUUCAGCUAUGGAGUAGAGAGUUCGAGUCUGGUAUUGAUUCCAAUGCCAUAUUUGGCCUUGUUCCAGGAGAAGAUAGGUUGUUUGCCAAUGCCAUCCUCUUACGCCUUGCUGAUGCCUUUAGAGGAGGUGACAAAGAAAUCAGGCUUUCUAUUGUCAGGGUUUUCUUGUUUGAACGAAAGCACCGUGAUAAUGGGAAACACAAGCAGUGUAAGGGCUUGCUAUCAAAGGCCAGAGUAGCUAACCACUUGGAGAUGUUGAAGAGAGUGAAAUCUGUCUUUCAAAAUGGAGAUUCAGAGUGCAAGGCACUGGCUUUGGUUCUGUUUGGUUGCUGGGCUGAUUUUGCCAAUGACAACGCUCAAAUACGAUACUUGAUACUUUCCAGCCUCGUUUCAACUCAUGAUUGUGAGGUAAUAGCAUCAUUAUUUGCUGCUGGAUGCUUCUGUGAGAUAUCAGAUGAUUUCGCAUGUAUUACAUUGGAGAUGCUGUUUAACAUGGUGAAUACACCUGCAGUAUCUUUGCCUAUAAAGUUGGCUGCCGUACGAGUUUUUGCAAAAUUUAAGUGCUCAGAUUCAGUGGCGAGUAAAGCAUACAAGAUAGGUCUACAGUUGAUAUUAAAUUCUUCAAAUGAAGAUCUUUUGGUAGCUAUGCUAUUCUCACUUUCAAAACUGGCUUCUGUUUCUACAGUUCUAGCCUCCAAUGAGGUGGACUUUCUACUAUCAUUUGUCAAGCGAGAAGUAGCUUCACAUGUACAAGAAACAGCAUCAAAAUGCAUACAUUAUCUAUUAAAAAAUAAUCCUGCUCUAAAGCUUUAUUGUAAUGCGUCCUUUGAGCUCCCAGAUGGACAGACCCUACAACACCCACCCUCUGAAGAUCAAGCUUGGAAAGAUGAUUGGAGAAAUGAUGAAAUAGUAGAACUGAAGAAUUUGUUUUCGGAUUUGGAAGCACCUUUAUAAAUAGGAAAAAUAUUAGUUCAAUUGUUUUAACAUGAAAUUUAAAUAUUUAAAUAUUCUUAUUUUUGUAUAUUUUAUCCAUGCGAGAAAUUUAAUUCAAGGUAAAUGUCAAAUUUACUUUUAUUCUUGGCCAACAA